AUGGACUUUGGUGAGGGCGAUCCAUCGGAUCCCGAUGGGGAAGUCCCCGGCGACUCCGAGCAGCCGCUGGUUGCCCAUCUAUCAGCCGACGGCCAAGCAGCAGCGAGGACUGUGCACUCAGUGAUGGUGAAUAGCUCGUACAGCGAGCAGUGUUUCUUGCCGCAACCCUGGACACCUGCGCCGGACACGCACCACGGCGGCGGCAUCGACUCCGCGCUGCCAGCGCUCCCGCUGUCACCUGCAGCGCCUCUGCAGGGACAGGAGAUUGCAGCCUCGCCAAGCAACUCGUCACAGCAGUGGGAAAUUCUGGAUGCCACCCGGUGCAGAUGGGCACCCGUGGGCGACUUGGAGCCACUGUACGAACAGGACUUUGGCCUAGAAGAUGCGACCGGCAGUCCCAACCAGGAGGAUCUUGAAGAGGAAGGUGUCGACGAAGAAGACGACGACGAUGAUGAGGCCCUGGGCAAGGACGAGGGCUGCAGCGGCUCAUCCGGCAGCGAGGCAACAGGGGAAGACCUCGGUGGGAUGGAGCCGACGCCUGGUGAGCUGAGGCAUAUUGCGCACACUCGUGGUGUUGGUGGUGGUGGUGGUGGUGGUGGUGGCGGUGACAGCUAUCUGGACUCGUCGGAGCGAUGCGAUGACUUACUGCUCUCCGACUGUAUUGCUGACAGCGCGGACAACGCUGGACAAGCUCAACCAAGCAGCAGCGGCUACAGAACGAAUGUGGACGCAAUGCAGUCUUACACUACUACUAGCGCCAUGGCACCGGAAAGCGGCGGAGGAGGUGGCUACAGCGACGUCAUGUCCAGGCCACACUCCAGCGGGUUGCUGCCAGCUCGGCAGCAACACCAUCAGCAGGAGGCUGACGGCGAUGGUCAGAUGACGCGCCAGGCGCCCAAUUUCGGUAGGUUUCCGGGCCCAGGGGCGUCGUGGAUAGGAGGACUUCCGUACGGCGGCAACAACACACACCUCAUGAACUCUUACCCGGGCAACAUGCACUCUAACACGCCGUCUGCACACCAGCAGGAACAGCAGCAGAUGAAAGGCAACAACAACGGCAGCAACCACCAGCAGCAGCAGGACCAGUGGCCCGCCCAGUCUAUACCUGCUGCCGCUGCUGCUGCUGCUACGACGGGGGUCCCGGGGGAGUGGGCCUACUGCAACCAGUUUCGAAUGUGCAUGCCUCCGCCGAUGCACGGACCAUCACCAUACCUGCCACCCCCACCACCAGACAUGGGUGGGAGCGGCCCCGGCUCGUUCUAUCAUUCCGGUGUCUCGGCCGCCGCCGCCGCCACCACCGGGUUCAUGCAACAGCCGCCGCCGUACCUAUCUCACACACCACCUUGCAUGCCACCACCACCGCCGCCUCCGCUGCUCCCGCCGCCGCCACCGCCGUCGACAUCGCCUGCCGUUCAACAGCCGCACCACCGCGGCCAUCAUCACCACCUCCCACCGCCACCGCCCCAACAGCAACAGCAACAGCAGGCAAUGGGUCUACCACCGCCGCCCCUGCCACCACUGCCCGCACCGUAUCAGGGCAUGUACGCGGACAGUUACCAUGGCAACGGCAUGGCGCCAGACUUACCAAUGCAGCCGACACAGCCACCGUAUGUCACGGGGCAGGGCCAGGCAGGAGGAGCAGCUGGAUACAUGAGCAGAGACGGAGGCCAUAGAAACAAACAGCACCUUAUCAGCGCCAGUAGACCUGGCGACUAUCCGGCAGGUGGAGGCCAGGAUUUCCCAGGUGUUCCUCCACCGUCGCCCGGCAGCACUGGGAAGAGCUCGGGCAGCUCACCGGGCGCCCUGUACGCGGACAAGCCGAGCCGGAAGAGCAAGUCACAGUCACGCCACCGCUCCCUGUCCAGUCGCGAGCGCGUCACGUCGGGACAGUCCUGCAGAGAGAACCGGAGCCAUCGCUACGGCAACGGCGCAAGUGGCGGAGGCGGCGCAAGGCCGGCCAAUAGUCGGGGCGGUGCGGGGCGCAAGCACUAUAACCCGCUCGCCGGGCGUACGCAUCAUGGCGCUAGUGGUGGCGGCAGUGGCAGUGGUGGAGAAAGAUGGAGGCCAGCGCCGGCGUACCGCCCUGGCUGGGACUGGACGGCGGAGGACAUGCGCCGGCCAUCCCGAUGGUACCCCUCCGGCGACGGCAUUGCACCAGAGUAUGCGUUUGCGCCGCCGGAGGAGUUUGAGUCACCGUGGUAUUCAGCCUAUCCACCCGCUGCAGACGUCUAUCCACAACGAUGGCAGGAUGGCAUGCAAGCCAGGCAUAGGUCCGACAAGAAUGGCGCCAGCAGUCACACAGCAUGGCCAGGUUCACACGGACAGCCUGUACCGCCCCGUGGGCUCAACGAGCAGCAGCACUUUGCUCACAACGCCGAACAGCGCUACCACGGCACCGCGACAGGGCGACAGCAGCAGCAGCAUCCUGCACCGCCGCUUGCCUACAACAAUGUAUGGUCGGUACCGCAAGAAGGAAUGCGCGAGCGCCUUGGGGGCGAGUGCCAAAGCCCAAUGGCGUCCUCACGCGACAACGAUUUCUGUCAAAGUCCCAUUCCGCGAAGGCGGGCAGACAUCUCCGGUGGAGACUCCGCUAGUGAUACAGACGCAGACAGCGGCGGGUUUGGAGAGAAUGGAGAGGCGGUGCGCAGGAGACGCACCAACACGGAUGGCCAAUACCUGGACGGCGCGCAACGGCAACAUCCGUACUUGCAUCACGGCUCCAGUGCUUCUGGCACUGCUGCUGCUGCUGCUACUGCUGCUGCUCGCUAUUCUAAACAGUCGUGUGACGUGGAUGAAGCCGCCGCCGCCAGGAAUGGUUCCGCUACGCCGCAGCUGCUGCUGCACCCGCUGAGCAAGCUGAACAAGUGGCUGUCCGGCGAGCGACUGACCGAACUGGGCCUGGCCGUCACGCCGGACUCGGAGGCUGACACGAAGCGCUACUUCGAUCGCAUGUACGACGAGCAGUUUGAGAUUGCGCUGUUCAGCCGCCGCACCCGGCUGCUCGGCAAGUACAACGAGGACGAGUACGGGGCGAUCGGGUUCUCUCCCGACCUGCUCCAGGGUGGGGUGUUUUCCCCCGACCUGUUGCUGAAAAGCGAGUUCCGCAGCCCGAAGCAGUACACGGAGGAUCUGAUUCCGGUGUCGGAUCGCACGUGGGUCUGUUGCAAUCGUGGCCGCAUUGUCAUCUCGGAGAAUCAAGAGCAGUGGGUGAUAGCGUGUGUCAAGAUCCAGGAGAGGCGUGACGCAGCGCUGGCUUCCAGACUGCGCGAGGGCUCCGCUUUCUCAGCCAAAGUGGUGCGGCACAUGCUUGCCAACAGUGCCACUACUACCCAUCCGCAGGGUACUGAGAAUGGUGACGUCAUCGCCAACGGUAGCAACACCAACCUCUCUAAUGACGUCAUCAAUGACGCCAGCAGCAACAAGAACACAUUCUCCUCUCUACCAAACUCGCGAGCGGCCCAGGACCAGAGUCAUGUCGUGGACGACUGCUUCAGUGCGGGGGCACCACCGGAUGCGCGAGCAGCGCAUGGAAACCAUGGCGUCGACCACCGAGCGUGCGGCCCAGGCAACGACCUUCUCGGUCUCCCUCCGCCGCACUCCAUUGCAGUGCCGCAGUACAGCAAGCGACUCAAGCAGGCCGUUGACAUGGCAAUGAACGUGAAGGACUAUCGCUACUUCUGCUGCCCGGGGCCGUGCAAGACAGUUCUCGUGCCGGAGAUAGCCACCGACCUGCAGCUGGCCCUGGACGAGUACACCUAUCGCUAUUGGCAACGGGGACCGGUGAUAGAGUACGACACCGCGCCGCCGCGAUAUCAUCAGACUCGCAGCCACGCUCCCAGACAGCACGGCCAGCAUCGCGGCGGUAGCGGUGGCGCCCAGCACCACAACAACCACAACAACCACAACAACCACAGCGGUAGCGGCAGAGGGGGCGCCGGGCCAAUGUCUCGCCGUUACGGGGCCCAUCGACCGUCCAGCCGCCAUCACCAACAUCACCAUCACCAUCACAACCAGCAGCAGCAGCAGCAGCAGCAGCAGCAGCAGCCGCAAGACCACCAUUACGGCGGAGGUAGCAGGCCCCAGUACAACCAUCACCACCACCACCAGCAACAGCAGCAGCAGCAGCAUCACCCCUACCCACGGGGCUAUCGGCCCUAUGGCAAUGGCCCAGGUCGGAACCGCAUGUAGCUGACACAGCCGACACGUGUGCGAUGUGCGUCCUGCAUAUUGGGUGCUGUUGGCAGAUGCAAUGAUGCAUCUACCUUGCUCGCAUACACCCGCGCACACAUGCACCGUAACCUACACUUUGUACGCUCAGUCAUGCGUGAGAAGUGCUCACAGCGCACACUUUCCACUGCCCUCUCGCCUGAUCCAACAGCUCGUCACUUGAGUGCCACAUGCUUGGCAAUUUCUCCUUGCCCCUUUCUCUGCCCUGCGCACACACGCACGCGUCGCGUCCUAGGUUCCUGGUUUCCACAAGCAAGCAUUCAUGGUCACGUACACCCCCCCCCCCC